CCUCAAUAAGCGACAAUUUUGUAUCGAUCAAGCUACUUAUAGUUUACAGAGCCAACUUUGUGCAGUUGAAAGUUCCCUAGAAAGACGACAACUGCGGCAUACCAUGCAGCCGUUCCACCUGACAGCCACGGGCUACAACAUCAACUAUCUCCCACAAUAUAUCGCGCACCGGCAUGGCUUUUUCGGCGACGAGGGUCUUGAUGUCACGACCACAAUCCCUGCGCCAUGGGAUGGUGUUCUCGACGCGCUUGCCGAUGGCUCUGCCGACAUGGCCCUUGGUGGAAUCUGGGUGCCGUCCAUGUACCGCGAUCGCGUACGACAAGACUACACGGUGUUCGCACAGAUUGCGAAUCGCUGUCCACUAGCGCUGCUCAGACGAACGAGUUGCGGGAAGAAAUUCACGCUGGCCGACGUGGUCGGGAAGACAGUCCUGAUGAAAUCCAUCGGCGGCGCCAGCGUCGGCCUGUUCUUCAAGAUGUUGCUGCGGGAGAAUGGCAUCGACCCCAGGACAGUGGAUUUUAUCCAGGAUCUGGACGGUCUGAUGCUGGGAACCUUGUUUCAGGGUGGUAUGGGCGAUUUCUUCGUCACUGACAACCUGUCUGCCAAGGUCAUGGCCGCGCGCAAUCCCGACGUUUCGAUUGCCUUGGAAAUGGUCACGCAAGGCGAAGUCCCAUGGAGUGUCUACUACCGAGAAACCUCGACCAUCACCCCGGAGCUACUCGAGGCUCAGACGCGGUUUCUUAGGGCGCUGAACAAAGGUAUAGAGUGGGUGCUCGAGUGCGACGCCAGCUCCUUCAGAGACGAACUCGCCGAGCUCUUUCCCAAGGUGCCCCUCGACGUGGCCGUUGAGGUGGUCAAUUCCUUCCGUCGAAACGGCAUGUGGAGCACCGCCACCAUACCGCGCAAAGCAUUCGACCGGUGGCAGCGAGGCCUCACCGACGCGCGCUUCGUUAGUCAACCCUUGGAGUAUGAAAGCCUCAUAAACGAUGGGCCUGCGAAGAAGGCGGAAGCCGCACUCACAACAGCUCAUGCAGUAGCAAUGGAGGGGCGGUAAAUAGAUGAGCUGGAUCAGAGCAUGCUCUUACUGUAGACAUGGAAUUGGAUAUAAUGCAAUUUAUAUUCA